AUGUCCGCCGACGUCGCCCCCGAUCGCGACGCCGAGGGUGAAAUGCUCGAGAUCAUCCCUCUGGGCGCCGGGAGCGAGGUCGGGAGGUCGUGCGUCGUCGCGACGUUCAGAGGAAAGACGCUCAUGUUUGACUGCGGGAUCCAUCCAGGUUUCAGUGGCAUCGCCUCGCUCCCGUACCUCGAUGACGUCGAUCUGAGCGCCGUCGACGCGUUGCUCGUGACGCACUUUCACUUGGAUCACUGCGCCGCGGUGCCGUUCCUGGUGGGACGGACGGAUUUCCGAGGAAGGAUCUUCAUGACGCACCCGACCAAGGCGAUUUAUCACAUGCUGAUGCAGGACUUCGUGCGGUUGAUGAAACAAGGAGGAGGAGAGGAGCCGUUGUUCACGGAUGCGGAUUUGGAGGCGUCGAUGAAGAGGAUCGAGGUCGUGGACUUUCAUCAGGAGAUUGACGUGGACGGGGUGAAGGUGACGCCGUACAGGGCGGGGCACGUGUUGGGGGCGUGCAUGUUCAACGUGGACAUCGGCGGUUUGCGCGUGUUGUACACCGGGGAUUACUCUAGGAUCGCGGACAGGCACUUGCCGGCGGCAGAUAUACCGGCGAUUCCACCGCACGUGGUGAUCGUGGAGAGCACGUACGGGGUGUCGCCGCACUCACCGAGGGAGGAGCGGGAAAUUCGCUUCACGGACAAGGUGCAGGCCAUCGUGCGCAGAGGCGGGCAUGUAUUGCUUCCCGUCGUCGCCCUCGGUCGCGCACAGGAGCUCUUGCUCAUCCUGGAGGAUUUCUGGGCGCAGAACCCAGAUUUGCAGCGGGUUCCGAUCUAUCAAGCGUCAACGCUCGCGCGCAAGGCGAUGACAAUUUACCAGACGUACAUCAACGUCCUGAACGCGGACAUGAAGGCGGCUUUCGAGGAGGCAAAUCCGUUCGUGUUCAAUCACGUCAAGCACAUCUCGAAGGCGAGCGAGCUCGAUGAUGUCGGUCCGUGUGUCGUGCUCGCGACGCCGUCGAUGCUUCAGAGCGGGUUGUCUCGAGAACUUUUUGAGUCGUGGUGCGAAGAACCCAAGAAUGGCGUCAUCAUCGCCGACUUCGCCGUGCAGGGCACACUCGCGCGAGAGAUCCUGAGCGACGUGAACAAAGUCACCGCGAGAGACGGUCAAGAAUUACAGCUGAACAUGUCUGUCGACGCGAUCUCAUUCAGUGCGCACGCAGAUUAUCCACAGACGCAGGCGUUCUUGGACACUCUGGCCCCGCCGCACGUCGUGUUGGUUCACGGCGAGGCGGGUGAGAUGGGUCGCCUCAAGCGCGCUUUGGACGCCAAAGCCGCUGCCGACGACAAGCAAAUGAGCGUUUACACGCCGAAAAACUGCCAAGCGGUGCAGAUCAUUCACAAGGGUGAGCGCAUCGCCAAGCUCACGGGACUCAUCGCCGAGCGCGAGGUCGAGGAGGGCGAUGUCGUCGCCGGCGUGCUCGUGGAAAAGGACUUUGGUCACAUGCUCAUCGCGCCCGAAGACGUGAACAACUAUACUAAGCUGCGCACGUCGACGUUAACCCAGCGCCAGCUUGUGCCGAGCAAGAUCGCCAUCGGCACGCUGCGUUUCGCCCUCGAAGCUUUGUUCGAGGGCUUGCAUACCGUCGCGACACUCGCUCCCGAGGAGACGGAGGAGGAGGAGGAAGCCGGGGACGAAGAAAAGGAAGGGGCGAAGGGCGAGAAGAAGCCAGCCGCGAAGAGUCGCGCGAAGAAGGCAAAGAUGGAGGAGCUGACAGACGUCGAAGCUGCGGAGAACAAGUUUGAGAUCAUAACGGAAGGUUUGAGUAUUAAUGACGGCAUGGUCACCAUUCGCAAGCGAUACGCAGACGACGUCACAGGGGUGGAGCACGUGGUGAUUGAGUGGAACAGUGACCCUCUCACGGACAUGAUCGUCGAUGCGACCUUGAGUGCCAUAUUACAGCUCGAGAGCGAACCAGAGAAUUUGAAGGAAGCCGAGGCUGGGCUCCGAGACGCCAUCAAGACGAAGGACGAGCGUUCGGCGGAGAAGUGGCGUCUGCACGUCGUUGCCGCCAUGCUCGAGGCACAGUUCGGAAAACCGAAGGUGAAUGAAAAGAAGGCGACGCUGACGUUGAACAUCGAUGGCAUCGAGGGCAUCGUGGAAUACCGUACUCGAACAGUCUUGUGCGAAAACGAGUCGCUCAGACAACGAUUGGAUACCACUAUUGGACGCAUCGAUGAAGCUAUCGGUGACGCCGCGUACGCCCACGCCGUUCACUCCAUCUCCGCGUCGAGCACGAAGUUCGCGUAA